CUCUCUACCUGCCUCUCUACCUCCCUCCGUCCUCGUCUUUCCUCCUUUCCCUGUGGAACAUACGAGCGCUCAGCAUGGAUACCAAGGAGGCCGUCGGUGCUGAGAAGGAGAAGGAAAAAGAGAAGGACAAGACCAUCAAGAGGAGGAACAGGCCUGUUUUUCUGCGGUACCUGGAGAGGAGGAAGACUGACACUAUUGUCGCUGAUGACAUGGACAAAGGUGACAUCAACCUGGGGACGCUGGUGAGGAGGAGUCAGUCUGACAAGACGGAGUACAGCGCCAAACUUAAAGAAAAGAUGACCCUGCACGAUUCCUCCACUCCUGCCUCUCCUGCUCUGGACCCGGAGGAGAUCCGCUCCAGGAAGAUGAAUCGCAGAGCAAAGAUCAUUCAGGAGCUGAUUCAGACUGAAAAAGACUAUUUCACCGACCUGGACUUGUGCAUCAGGGAGGUGGUGCAGCCGCUCAGAACCAUGCAGGUGGUGGACGUGGAUCGUCUCUUCACCAACAUGGAGACCGUGUGCGAGGUCUCCGCUGCACUUCUGCAGAGGCUCCAGGAGGCCAUGACUGAACCUGAUCCGGAGGCUGUGGUUUUAGGGGAUGUUUUCAUCCAGGCCAAGGCAGCUUUAGAAGAUGUGUACAAGAUUUACUGUUAUCACCAUGACGACGCAAACAUGUCCCUGAAAAGCUAUGAAAAAGAGGAAGAGAUAAAGCAACAUUUCACCGCCUGUGUGCUCGCACUGAAGAAAAUCUACGACCAACAAGGAAAACCCAACUUGUUGGACAUGGGGUCACUUCUCAUCAAACCAGUCCAGAGGAUCAUGAAGUACCCCCUGUUACUGGGGGAGCUUUGGCAGGCGACGCCCGAGAACCACCCAGACAACCAGCCGCUGCAAGAGGCCUUCACCGCCGCCAAGAUCAUCAACAUCAACAUCAACGAGUUCAAAAGACGGAAAGAUAUCGUCAUGAAGUACAAAAAUUUGGAAGAUGAAGGAACACUGCGGAAACUUCACAAGUUCAACAUUCACUCCAUCCGGAAAAAAGGAGAUCGGUUUGCUGGGUAUCUCAAGAUCCUGACCGGAGUUGAACCGCAGGUCAGAGAUGAAAAUUUUGAUCGAGAGGAGAAAUUGUUCAGGAGUCUGGAGAAGGCCGUGAGGGUGUUGGUCAAAAAUGUCCAGUGUUACCUUCUGCACAUUCAGGAGAUGGUGUCCAUCGCAGUUCAGAACGUGGAGGACUUGGAAAGCAUCAUUAAUGAGAUAAGCACGAAUGGAUCUCCUCACGUGAAUGGGAACGACCCUUACAAACACUUUAAGGACUCCAUGGAGCGCCUGGUCCUGGCUCCGCUCUCCUCUCUGCAGGGAAUGUUCACCGCUCCUCAAAAGCUCAUCCAGAAACGUUACGAUAAACUUCUGGAUUACUGCAGCCGCCUUGAGCGCUCCUCGUCUUUCUCCUCGCCAUCGGUGGCAUCUACCUCCACUCCUUCACUGGUGUCAGAAGAGCCGGCCGGUCCCGCUCGCAGGGACUAUGAAGCCAUUAAUGCCUUGCUGGUGGAGGAGCUGCAGAGGUUCAACACGGCAGCCUACACUAUCCUCACCAACUGUGUGUUGUAUUUAGUCGCCCUGCUGAGGAGACUGAUGGACAAAAUCCUGCUCCGCUCACCGUCGAUCCACCAGCUCCCGGCGCCGUUGUCCAACAUCGCUGAGGUGCAGAACAGCAUCAUGGAUGAGCUGAACAACUUGGCAUUUGUGAAAGAUAACGCCCAGAAGCUGAUGGAGCGGAAGGUCAGCUUUGAGAGACAGAAAGACAAGAAAUUAACAAUGCCGGAGGUGCAGCAUCAAACCGAGGAGCAGCGAGCGUGGCUGCUGGCGGAAUACCCUCCAAACCGUUUAUACCUGCUGAAGAGGAAGUGUAACGGCUGCCAGGAGCAGGAUCUGAGUCUGCUGGAGGGCGAGCUGGUGGCCUUGCUGGAGGACACAGAUCCAGUGGGAAGCAGUAGUCGCUGGCUGGUUCAUAGUGGAGGUGAGCAAGGCUACGUCUACUCUACCUUCCUGAAACAGUACAACCCGUUGCGAGACUCGCAGCGAGGAGGGCAGAUGAACAAAGACCACCAGAAGCAGCGGCCUCCCUCGAUGGUGGAUGAGGACUUCGACGACAUCAGCCUGUUCGUGUCGGGCAGCGGCAGCAGCAGCUUGCGAAGCUUCAGCCUCAACACCACAGACAGCAGCUCCAUCAUCUCCGGCCUGCAUGGGGAGCCAGAGGGCCUCGAGGAAGGGGAGCAGAGUGUGGAUGGAGAGAUUGAGCAGUUCUACGCUGUUUAUGCUUUCCAAGCACGCUGUGACCAAGAGUUGACCCUUGAGGAGUCCCAGCACGUGCGCAUCCUCCAGUUCUGUGACCUGGGAGGCAACAAGGAGUGGUGGUUAGCUGAGGCCAACGGACAGAAGGGUUACGUUCCUGCCAACUACCUCGGGAGAAUGUCCUACGCAUAGCACUCAACGGACAAGCUGCGGCGUUUCCACAAACACCUUUGGUUUCAGUGACAAUAACAGUUAACAACGGUGUUGCUGUCGAACCAGAAGGGCUCAUAUGUAACUUGCAGGAUUGUUGUGUGGCACUGGCAACUUCGUGCAGCACUUUUUUAAGAUGACAGUGUUUGAAGUUUAAGAAUGAAGUCACUAAAAAUGAAGUUAUUUUUUGACCAGACUGCUAAUUUAUUAACUAUUUAACG